AUUCAUGAGCUAAGCAAGGGAAGUGUUGCGUCACUUACGGGCGCGCACACGCACUGGGGCUUCAUGUGGGUGCGGGAGCAACUUUAGGAAACAAAGUGUCCAUCGCUUGAAAAAGUGCCACACACUUGUACUUGUUCCUUUUGAUACAAGGUAGAUAUUUUCGGAAAACAAAACCAACAAAGAAAUCAACAAACGUCCAGAACUCUGAUUUGGUCCUCGUCCAGCUCUCAGUAUGUCCGAGGGGGACUAUGAUUACCUCAUCAAGUUCCUCGCGCUGGGGGACUCUGGGGUGGGAAAGACCAGCUUCCUAUAUCAGUACACAGACGGCAAAUUCAACUCCAAGUUCAUAACCACAGUGGGAAUAGACUUCAGAGAAAAACGAGUGGUGAGUGUACAAUCCAACGGUCCUGAUGGGACGGUCGGGAGAGGACAGAGGAUUCACAUUCAGCUGUGGGAUACGGCUGGACAGGAGAGAUUUCGGAGUUUGACCACAGCGUUCUUCAGGGACGCCAUGGGCUUCCUGUUACUCUUUGACCUCACGAAUGAGCAGAGCUUCCUUGACGUGCGGAACUGGAUGAGUCAGCUGCAGACGCAUGCGUACUGUGAGAAUCCCGACAUCGUCUUGUGCGGAAACAAAUCAGACCUUGAAGACCAGCGCGCGGUGGGAGCGGAAGCACGGGAACUGGCGGAGAAAUACGGAGUCCCGUACUUCGAGACGAGCGCUGCGAACGGUGAGAACGUGGGUCGUGCCGUGGAGGUUCUGCUGGAUCUGAUCAUGAAGCGCAUGGAGAGAUGUGUGGACAAAUCCUGGAUCCCGGACGGGAUGGUUCGCACCAACGGCCACAGCACCAGCGACCUGGCAGAGCCGCGUGACGCCGAGCAGAGCAAGUGCGGCUGCUAAUGCCGUAAGAAUCAUUCCAUUCAAGAUGCAGCCGAGGCUCUCUGAUCCUUUUCAUUAGUUCUAGUAUAGGUUACGGUUUAAUUCAGCAGAUGAAGAGGAUCAGAGACCCUGCACUGUGUUAAACUGUUGUUUCUUUCCAGAAUGGAUGGGCUAAAGCCACCUAGAUUCGAGUCUUCAUGUUUUGAGAGCACUUUACACCAAAUCCUGCAUUCAGAAGCCUUAAUGCGUCAGAUUAGAUGUGUUUCAAGGGCUUGAUUCACUAGUAGUGUACAUCUAUUGUUAAACCUAGACCCAUGCGUGCAUCAGUGCAGUUCUCUGAUUGUUUGAAAAAUGAGUUUUGUGUUGAUUUCUAAAUAACCCCCCCACCCACAUUAAAUCACAGAAAAUCUGAUUAAAAAAAAAAAAAAGUAAAAAAAUGUUUUUAAAAUGUUUAUAUUAUAAACAAACACACAUACACGAAAUAUCAUUAAGAUCCUGUUUCACUUUUUCAAAAACUACGAAAAAACAAAA